AUGCUUUGGCAUUUGGUUUCAGCUUUCCUAUUUGGCGAGGGAUUCAUUGUUCUCAUGAUGAUCUUACCACUUUUUUCAUCACGAACAUGGAGCAGAUUUUUUAAAUUUGGUAUCAUACAAAAAAUUGCUGUGAAUUCCUCGUUCUACUUCAAUUUAUUUCUUGUCAUGUUGGCCUGUGCAUUAGCCGAAGCAGUCCGUAACUCAUGGACACAAAAACAAGCGUACAAUACGUUGAAAGCUCAUCCGUAUGAAUUACGUCCUGAAACGGAAUCGCUGUACUUGAUGCGAAUGUUCCGAGCACAAAGAAAUUUGUAUAUUUGUGGAUUCUCUCUGUUCACAUGGUUUGUUUUACGUCGUCUUGUCUGCCUGUUGUCGGAGCAUGCUCAAAUGUCUGCUAGUAUGGAGGCGAGUAUUAAACAGGCUAAAAGUGCAUCGGAAGCAGCUCAACGUAUGCUCAGUGAUACGAAAGUGACUGACAGUGACACUGAAGAUGUUUAUCCGGAUACUGUAGAAGCACUGAAGGAUGAAUUGUCGAAACUAACAAAGAAAUUUGAAUCAGAAGAGCAAGCUCACAAACAAACCAAACGAGAUUUAGAAACUUUGAAGAAACAAAGUCUUCAAACUAAUAUUGAAUAUGAUCGAGUGACUCAGGAGUGCCAAAAGCUACAGUACCGUUUGCAAAUGUUAGAAGGUGCUGGUGCCAAAGACAAGAAGUCCGAUUAAGUUCAAAUCUCCAAUUGGAUGAAGUAGUAACUAAGUGUUGACAGUUUCUUCAAAGAGUCUUCAAAUACACUUUACUGUGUUUUGUACUACUAUCAUGUUAAUCGUGUCCCGGUAUUCAUUGUUAAUGAGAUGUUGCAGAUAAUCUUGUGUUUUGUGUGUGUCUGCGUGUUCGUGUGCGCGUAUAUAUGUAUGUUCAAAUGUUGGUCGAGCUCUUCGCUUAUUAACAUGAUUACUAUUCACAUUCUGUUCUACUGUGACUUUUUCAAUUGUGUUCAUCUUUUAUUUUGUCUCUAGUUCUUUGCUUUGUGUAUUUCAUAUUCAGACACAUUAAUUUCUUAAAUAUAAAUAAAAUUUACAUUUCGCAUGCCAAAUGUGAAAUUAUAUCAGGCGAAGACUGUUUUGUCAUUUGAAUUAGUAGAAGUGUAUAUAGAGAAAGAGAUUUGGGUGUGGCAGCUCAAACCGAAACUACCUAUCGAACGGACAAAUGACCUUGAGCAACCAUUCCAUGUGACUCUGUUUUAUCCAGAGGUAAUUAUGGAUGCUCUACACCUAUUGCGUUGCAAAUUUGCCCCAGAUCUUGUUUUUGAUUACUGUUUGGAGAACAAACUGAUAGGAAGUUCGAAAAAUUGGCAAUGUGGAGGUGUCAUACGUAUACAAAGAUACACUAGCUGCAUUAAUGAGUUUGUUUACAGGUGC